AUGUAUAGUGCAGGUGCAAACUGCAAUGGGAAUAUUUGGUUCUUUGUUAAUGACCAUGUGGAAGUACAUGUUGUAUCAGAUAUAGAACAAGAGAUUACUUUGAAGUUAUUUUUGCAGGAGCACAACAAAUAUAUGAUUACUAAUCUUGUAUAUGCUAAAUAUGAUGAUCAUGAGAGGUUGAAAUUAUGGGAUAGAGGAGAUUUUAAUGUGGUACUCAAUGACGAAGAGAAAAUUUGUGGCACUCCUAGUGUCCCUCAAGAUUAUGAAGACUUUGCUUUUUGUAUAAAUUCUCAUGAGUUAGAGGAAACAUCUUUCAAAGGUAGUCCAUUUACAUGGUGGAAUGGGAGGGCUAAAAAUAAUAGUAUAUAUGAGAGAUUGGAUAGGAUUGCAGUCAACUCACAUAUGCAGAAUUGGUUUGGAAACGUUGAGGUGGAACGCUUGUCUAGGACAGGCUCUGACUAUGCUCCAUUAUUUACCACUUUGGACAAUUGGCCUGGGGAUAGUGAUGGUAAUCUUGUUCUGAAUUUCAAGAAGAAGAUUAAACAAGUGAAAGGGGCAUUAUCAGCUUGGCGUAAAGUGGCUUUUAGUGACAUUUUCAAACAACUCAUCAUAAGGGAGGAGAUUGUGAGGGUGAAAGAACAGCUGUUUGAAGAUGAACCAACAGUGGAGAAUAGAUGCAUUCUGCAACUAGCACAAGCAGAAAUGAAGAAACAUUUGCAUUUUGAUGAAGAAUUUUGGAAACAAAAAUCUGGUUGUACCUGGUUUGCUGAGGGUGAUAAAAACACAAAGUUUUUCCAUAGUAUUGUCAAUGGUAGAAGAAAAAGGCUACAAGUGAAGAGAAUCCAGGAUGCUGAUAGAUUAUGGCUUGAGAAUAAGGAAGGGAUUGCUCAAGGUGCAGUGCAGUUUUUUCAAGAUCAGUUUACUCAAGAAGCUUAUAAUUCAGACUUCUCAACAAUCAAUAUUGUGCCCAAAUUAAUUACUGAUGAAUACAAUGAAAUGUUAUGUGCUCUUCCCACAGAAGAUGAAGUUAAAAAGGCAGCUUUUGAUAAGGUGAGAGUGCUUGUGGUCCAGAUGGAUUAUCAGAUUUCUCCCAACCAGUCUGGAUUUGUGAAGAAUAGAAGUAUCAUUGAUAAUGUUCUACUCACUCAAGAAACUGUCAUAGAUAUCAGAAAAAAAGGCAAGCCUGCUAAUGUGAUUAUCAAGCUAGACAUGACUAAAGCCUAUGAUAGAGUGUCAUGGCAGUUUUUAACCAAAGUUUUGGAGACUAUGGGAUUUGAUGGAGCAUUUGCGGAUCAGAUAUGGAGGUUACUAGCUAACAAUUGGUGCUCGGUACUAUUAAAUGGCCAAUCUCAUGGUUUUUUUCGCUCAACUAGAGAAGUGAAGCAAAGUGAUCCUUUAUCACCUACAUUGUUUGUUCUAGCUGCAGAUGUGCUAUCAAGAGCUCUUAACUCUUUAUUUGAUCAUGAACAAUACAAGGGGUAA